UGUACAUUUAGAAUGUUUAUUUUUAAAUAGUACUGUCAAUUCAUAAAAAUAAUUAGAUUAAUUACACUUUUGGAUUGUGAUUACUCACUUUUAAUCACAAUGUUUUAUUUACAGCACAAACGAAAAUCCUUUGCUUCAGAGUUACAGUUUUGCUUCAAAAGAAAAAAGCCUGAAUGAGCGUCUUUGAGCAGCAUCUGGAAACGGGAGGGCAGAACAAAGCUGAGGAAGCAAGUUCAGGAAAAAGGGAAAAAAUGUUUCCAGAUCAAACAAAUGUUCAAAUGAAGCGCAAACUUUAGAGGGCAGGUUUGUGUGGUUUAUUUCUAAUAAAUGAAAUGUUAAAGGGUUCGCUGUCAUGUGCAGUCCACUGUUUUCACCAGUCGGUGUCGCUGUUUCUCGCGAUAAUCAAUGAUAAAUCCGCUUGUUGUAGAAGUCAAAGGUCCUCCUGUAAACUACUUCUGUUUUGUUGAAGUCAACAGGUUUCGGGCUUCCUGUCAAAUGGCGGGAACGCGCAUGGAUGAAGGGUGAAGCCCAUCUUCCAAACUUGGAGCACUUCCAUCCAUCUCUCCCUCGUCCCUCCUCUUGGUUCCAAUUAUCUCUGGGGGCUGGAGCUGGAACACAGCUCACUCCUGAUUGGCUGAGCCCCCUGUCACUCUUGUGAGUGGCUACAUCCUCUUGUUGGUGAGAAGAGUCCACGCCAGAAGUCAGAAAGUCACUUUUCUCCAAGAUUUCGCAGGUUAUCGACCUCCCGGAUCCUGUUUCUGCGACUUCUUUCAGUGAAGGGAUGAAGACAGAGGAGGAGUUCUUAAUUAACGCGGUUUAGGUGUUGGAAAACACAAACAAACAAAGUGGAGUGAAUUAGGCGUGAGGACUUGUUGGCUCCAUUCUUCUUUCUUUACGCGCGUUGGCUGCGCUGCUGUUUUGCGCACCUGAGCGCGCGGCCGCUCCGCCACAGCAGCAUGUCUCCGGCGCAGCCGCGGUAGACUGCGCUCUAUCAUGGUCACAUUACCUGUGGGGGGGGAAACCUGCAGCAGCGGAGCUCGGUGAGCGCGCCGUGAGCGCAAUGGCCGGAGUCCAGGUGUCAUCAGGGGGGAGCCCUCGCGCCCGCUCGGGACCGGCAGCCGGGAUUUGACGGAGCGCGGGAGUCUGGGAUGCCACGGAGACUUUAGAGAGACGUUCUCCCGCUUCUUUGACCUGGACUGAACAGGGCUGGCCGCAGUCAUGGCCUCUCAGAUGGUGUGCGGGCUGGUCUUCAGGCUGCUCCUGCCGAUGUGUCUGUCAGCCGCUUGCCUUUUCAGGUACAACGUCCUGUCCUUCGUCUACCUCAUCUAUCUCCUGCUCAUUCCACUCUUCCCAGAGCCAACAAGCACAACAAUGCAAGGCCACACAGGCCGUCUGCUGCAGUCCCUCUGCUUCACCAGUAUGUCCUUCCUGCUGCUCCACAUCGUCUAUCAGAUUACUGUCAACAGCCUUCUGGCCUGGAACUCCAUCGCCUCCAACUUCAGCUGUUCAUCCUGGGAGAGAUCCAUACGACAGAUAGGGUUUGAAAGCGUGAUCGGCGCGGAUGCGGGGAACGGGAUCCGGGUGUUCUUCCCCGACAUCGGCAUGUUCAUGGCGGGCUUGGCCAUCUGGCUGCUGUGCCGCACUCUGGUCCAGAAGAGACCGCCUGAAGACAUGGCCCAGUACAACGCAGACUUUGAUGCAGAGGAACAAGAGGAAGAGGAGAAACCGAGCCUGGACGACGACGACGUCCUGCUGGAGGAGGAGCUGGAAGCAGGCUACGAGGCCGAGGAGGACGAGGACAACGAGUAUCUGUAUGAGAGAGAGGAGGAGGAGCAGGAGGAGGAGGAGGAGGAGGAGGAAGAAGCAAAAGAGAGCACAAAGAUGAAGAUUCUGCGUCUGGUGGCAGAAGUUGCUUCCAAAGUAAAGGAGAUCAUUGGAAACUUGAUCACCACGGCGGGGAAAGUGGUGGUCACCAUCCUGCUGGGAAUGACAGGCGUCAUGCUGCCUUCCUUGACUUCAUUCGUCUACUUCUCCAUCUUCCUCUUCCUGUGCACGUGGUGGUCCCUCUGCCGGACCUUCAACACCCUCAUCUUCAGCUGCAUGUGCGUCCUGAUGGCCAUUUACAGCGCCGGACACAUCAUCGUGCUGUACCUGUACCAGUUCCAGUUCUUUCAGGAGUCCGUCUCGCCGCAGGACGAAUAUAUCCGAGUGUUUGGCAUCUCCCCCAUUGUUCAGAGCAACUGCAGCUGCACAUGGAAGCUAACUGUGCACAGCGAUCGUAAGUGGUACCACUUUGUCAGCCCCAUCAUGCUGCUGGUUCUCUAUUACACCUUGGCCACACUCAUCCGUCUUUGGCUGCAGGAGCCCAUCGACCAUCUGAUGGACGACACAGAGGAUGACAUGUGUGAGGAGGAGCUGUGCGACAACAAAACCAGCAGCUCUGCCAACAGGAAGAGGCAGCUUUGGUGGGGAUCACGCCAGGGCACAGAUGAGAAAAAUCUCCUCUCCACCCUGGAUGGCAUCAGUACAACCGAGAAUGUGCCUACCUCAAAUGGGAUGUCCUUCGACUUCAUGGCCACAGAGAAUGGACCGCCCCAUCUGAACUUGUACUCUACCCCUCAAUAUAAAACGGACCAGCCCAGUGACGGCAUAGAAAAGAAGGAAGAGUGCGUGUACGAAGUGUUUCUACCUCCAGAGGAUUCGGCUGCAAAGGAGUCUGAGGAUGAGGAGAAUGACGUGAAGAAGAAAGGAGUCGGAGCCAUGGUGAAAGUCUUCCACUUUAUCAUGAAACAAAGCUACAUCUGUGCUCUCAUAGCCAUGAUGGCGUGGAGCAUCACAUACGUCAGCUGGCUGACGUUCGUCUUCCUCAUGUGGUCGUGCAUUCUGUGGAUGGUGAGGGACCGGAGGCGCUACGCCAUGAUGUCCUCCCCCUUCAUGGUGGCGUACGGGAACCUGAUCAUUGUGCUGCAGUACUUCUGGAGUUUUGAAAGAGCUAAACCGGUGGCGGGGUUCUUUGUGGAGAAGAAGAACCCGUUCCACUCACUGUCAUCCAAGAUGUUGUGUAUGCUGAGUUUCUGGCUGCUGCUGAGACAAACGCUCACAGAGAGACAGGAAAAACAAAAAGAGGAGAGCGCAGGUCUCUCAGACGUUCACGUGGAGGACCAGAAGAAGAAGGAGGAAGAGGAAUCAAAGGAGGGAGAGGAGCAGGACAUCAUGCAUGUCUGUGGGAGCAUGGUGAUGGCGGUGCUGGUCAAAUACUGGAUCUACAUCUGCGGCGGCAUGUUCUUCUUCGUCAGCUUUGAGGGAGACAUCGUCAUGUACAAGAUCAUCUACAUGAUGAUGUUCCUCUCCUGUGUGGCUCUCUACCAGGUGCACUAUGAGUACUGGAGAAGGAUCCUCAAGUACUUCUGGAUGUCGGUGGUGAUUUACACCAUGCUGGUCCUCACCGUGGUCUACACCUUCCAGUUUGACGGGUCCAAAGACUUCUGGUCAGGAAUGCUGAAUGUGAAGAAUGACAGCCUGAAGGACCUGGGCUUGGAGCAGUUCUCCGUGUCCAUGCUGUUCACCAGGAUUUUCAUCCCCACCUCCUUCCUGCUGGUCUGCAUUCUCCACCUGCACUAUUUCCAUGAUCAUUUCCUCCAGCUGACGGAUCUCCAGGCUGUAAUAGCUAAAGAGGAGAGCACCAUUUACAGGCUGGUGGACCCGGAUGGCAGCCUGCCAGACAUCACCAUGCUCAGCGGCAGCUCUGUGGCGGGGGUUCUGUCUGAAGUCAGGCACCUCCAGGAGGAGGAGAGGAGCUGCUGCUCCGACAAAGAGAAGGAGACUCUGGUGGUGGUGAUGGACGAGCCUGACGUGAACAUGACUGAGGAGAAGCCUAACGUCUUCCCUGACCAGCGUCAGUCCAGCACAGAUGACAGUCUGCACUAUAGUGCCGGGUCUGAACCAGAACCGAGCACCGAGCAGAGCUCAGACCUGAAGAGUAAAUGGCACCUGGUGGUUGAUCGUCUCACCGUACUCUUCCUCAAGUUUCUUGAGUAUUUCCAUAAGCUGCAGUUGUUCAUUUGGUGGUUACUGGAGAUCCACAUCAUCAAGAUUGUGUCCUGCUACAUUAUUCUACUGACUCUAUACGAGGUGUCUUUGCUCAACUACGUGUUUCUGGUGUCCUGGGCCUUCGCGCUGCCUUACAGCCAGUACCGACCUCUAGCCUCCAGCGUUUGCACUGUCUGGACAUGUGUCAUCAUCGUGUGCAAAAUGCUUUACCAGCUGAAGACUGUAGACCCUUCUCCAUCAAUCUGCUCCUAUAAAGCACAAUCAAGAAAUUACACUGGUGAUAGAUUGAGUCAGGUGAAUGACUCUCUUCUAUAUAAAGCACCAGUGGAUCCAGGCAACUGGUGGGGCCUAAAGAAAACUGAUGACCUGCUCGGCUACCUCAGGAAUAACCUCUUGAUGCUGGCUUUGUUGGCCUUCGAGGUUACCAUCUACCGCCAUCAGCUCUACUUCAGACUAAGGAACAAGCUGUCGCCUCCUGCUGCUCAAAUCAUCUUCCAUGACAUCACUCGCCAGCACCUGGACGUGGGCAUUAUCUGCUUCAUCAAAUACUUCAUCAACUAUUUCUUCUAUAAAUUUGGACUUGAGACGUGCCUUCUGUUGGUGGUCAACGUGAUCGGGCAGCGGAUGGACUUCUACGCCAUGCUUCACGCCUUUGCUCUGAUCGCAGUCAUGUAUCGACGCAGGAGGAAAGCUAUUGCCGAGAUCUGGUCCAAGUACUGCUUCUUCCUGGCUUGUAUGCUGACUUUCCAGUACUUUGUUUGCAUCGGGAUCCCACCUGCUGCCUGUAAAGACUAUCCCUGGAGCUUCAGUACAGACCCCAAUGUGGUCAAGUGGCUCUACAUCCCAGAUUUCUACAAGAAGCCUGAUCCGCUGUUUCUCAUCUACGACUUCAUGCUGCUGCUCUGCGCCUCCAUGCAGAGGCAGGUCUUUGAGGAUGAGAACAAGGCGGCGGUCCGCCUCAUAGCUGGUGAUAAUGUGGAGAUCUGCAGAGACCUGGAUGCCGCCUCCUUCAGCGUCCACAACCCCGUGCCUGACUUCAUCCACUGCAGGUCUUACCUGGACAUGCUGAAGGUCAUCAUGUUCAGCUACCUGUUCUGGUUUGUCCUCACCAUCAUCUUCAUCACUGGAACCACCCGGAUCAGCAUCUUCUGCAUGGGCUACCUGGUGGCCUGCUUCUACUUCCUGCUGUUCGGGGGCGAGCUGCUUUUGAAGCCCAUCAAAAAGAUCCUCCACUACUGGGACUUCCUGAUCGCAUACAACAUCUUUGUGAUCACCAUGAAGAACAUUUUAUCAAUCCUGGCCUGUGGCUACAUUCACUCUCUGAGCGUGAAUAACUGCUGGUUGAUCCAGCUCUUCAGUCUGUCAUGCACCAUCAAGGGUUACGUCAUAAAGUCUG